AGGAUAGGAGUAACAAAAUGUGUUUACAGAAUGUUGUGGGAGCAACCUGGAGAAUUGUUUUUGCUCAGUCAGUUGUGUGCUGAAGAAGGAGAGGGAAAAGAAGCAGACAGUUGUCAAACCAAAGAGAAGCGAUAUACAGCGUUGUGAAAUUGCAGCAAUGACCCACAGACCAAGGCCGAACAACAUGCAACCUGCGGGGACUUGGCAUCAUCAUGGCAGGCCCAAUUUUCCACCAAGAGUAAGAUAUAAUCUGAAGCAGGAUAAUGCUGGUCUCAGAGCCCAACUGGAAGAGACUCAGUGGCAGCUACACAUGUGUAAAUCCAGUCUUAGAGAAGCAAACACAAAGGCCAUGUAUUUUGAGAGUCAGGUGGAUGAGUAUCGCAGAAAGUUCUACUAUUUGGAUAUAGAAACUGAGAAGACAAUCAACGAUCUGAAAAAGCAGCUGGACCAAGCGCUCAGUAAUGAAACCAAGUCUUACCUGCAGGACAUUCACACGCUCAAAUUUGAGCUUCGUGAAGCUAAAGUUGAACGAAUCAACAAUGCAAAUAGGUUGAUUCUAGCAGAUAAGAUCAUGCAUAAGCUUACUUCUAACCUGGGCGAUGCCAACAAGAAGCUGCAGCAGCAGAACAGAAACUCUAUAGACACCCAAACGACGAUCAGUGACGCUCCUUCAAAGAACCAGUGCUGCGGGAUGCAACAGACGUGCAUUGACCAACUCCAGCAGCAGCUUCAAAACGCUAAGGAAGAAUUGAAGAAACAAGCUGAGGAACACGAGGAUGAGAAAGAGGCUUUACGCUCUGAAAUUAAGCAACUUAAAGGCCUCAAAGAACAAAAUGAGGAGAAGCUGAUGAAUUUAGAGAAAGAGCUAAACGAUACAAAAGCUUCCUACAUCGAACUCCUGGAGGAGCAAAAGAAGGAGAAUGCUAACAUCACACAGGCACUGCAAAAAGCAGAGGAGGGGAAGGCCUCACUUCUAAAGACUCUGAAGGAGCAAGAGGACAUGGAGAAGAGAUUAGAGGAACUCACGUCUAUAAUCAAUGAGUUAGAGCAAGAGUCUGAAGAGAGGAAGAGGAGUUGCUGGCCUUUUAGGUUCUUUUCUUAACUGGGAUCUGUCAGUCUGUAUUUUAAAAAAUUUAUAAAUAAAUGUAUUUUAUGAA